AUGAAGAUUUCUGACCUGACUCAUGCUUUAAUCAGGGCAUCGGAAAAAGCAGCAAGAAUAGCCAGGACCAUCAGAGCAGAAGAGGACCUGUUCUCUUUACUCAUUGAAGAAAAACCUGAGAUAAAGAGACAUGAUAAAGUUAUUCAAGAUUUUAAAACUCUGGCAGAUGUUCUUAUACAGGAAACCAUUAAGCAUGACUUAGGAAAACAGUUUCCAGGCCUUGAGAAAUUUGUUUAUGGUGAAGAAGAGAGUGAGUUCACCAACACUAAUGGAGAGACAAUUCAUGUCAGAGUUUGUGACACAGUGGAAGAAACAUGCAGUCUGCUAGCCAAAGUAUUAGAAGGCAACGCCAAAGCCCCACAACUCCUUGCCAGAGUUGUCCAUGAAGAUGUUACGCUGCCUGAUAUUGAGAAGAUAUCUGCUGUUACCCAGGAGCUUCCCUUGAACUCUGUAGGAAUCUGGAUAGAUCCCAUUGAUUCCACAGCUCAGUAUAUAGCAGGCAUAGAGGAUGCCUCCCCAGAGAACGGAGUAUAUUCCAAAGGUGUUCAAUGUGUCACAGUGCUAAUAGGAGCAUAUGACAGAGAAUCUGGAAUCCCAAUCAUUGGAGCAUUGAACCAACCUUUUUCUAACCAGGAUGUCAUUACCAAAAGAUGGAAUGGCAGAAUUGUAUGGGGCAUCUCUUACAAGUCUACCAAUAUCAACUCCUAUCAGAAUCCUGAAUCUAUGUCACAACCAGCCCUCCAAUCAAAUGCUGUGGAUGAGACAAGUUCAACGCAAUCAAAAAAGAUGAAGAUGUCACACCUAACGCAAUCAAACUCAAACCAAGAAGAGCCAGUUCCCAGGGAGAAACUGAUCAGCAGCACCAGUGAACUCCCAGAUAUAUUAGCCAAAUUUUCAACAAAAUUUCAAGUCGUUCAUGGCUCAGGGUCUGGGUAUAAAUCCCUCUCCUUACUGGACAACGUUGUGGCAACUUACUCAUGCAGCAGUGGCUCCACCUAUAAAUGGGACACAUGCUGUUCUCACGCCAUUCUCCGCUCCUUGGGUGGGUCAGUGCUGGACUUUCAUAAAGCGUGGGAGGUGGUAAAGUCCUGCAAGGACACUGGGCAGCUGGAAGUAGAACUUCGGAAAACAGAAUUGACUUACCAUCACAAGGAAGUACAGAAGCAGUUAGGGGCAAAACAGUGGGCCAAUGCUGGAGGCAUUGUUGCCUACAGGGACAUACAAAUUGUUUUGAAACUUCUUCAGUGUUUGUGUUAGUAGUAUUUUAGUAUGGAUAACUAGAACUUGAAAAUUCUGUAUAAAGAGAGUCUAGAAAGAUGUAAAUAUUAAGCACAAAACAUAGGGCCUGUCCAUUAAAGACUUAGGAACCGUUCACAUGGAAAGUCUAUUUUCUAAAAAUCUAUUUUCUAUUCGCGGUAUCUUGUGAUCACGGUCUGU